UGGACCAAGAUGGCGGCGCUUGGGACAUUCCGGUAGCGCGUGGGAGGCGAAGGAAGGCAGGCAGGCAGGCAGGCGCGUGGAGGCAUGGCGUCGGCGGCGGGGAGGACGGUGCUGGUGCGUGGGCUGCCGGCUUCGGCGAAGGGCCCGGACCUGGAGCGGGAGUUCGGCCGCGUGGGGCCUGUGCGCAGGGCCGUGGCCGUCACCAAGCCCGGCAGUGAAGCCUGUCGUGGCUUUGGAUUUGUCACGUUCUCCUUGCCAGAAGAUGCCCAGAGAGCCAUCCAGGAGGUCACCUCUUUUGGGAACCGCAAGAUCAGCGCAACGAUUGCCAAUCCAAAACCCAGGCAGAAAGGGAAGAAGAAAGCCGAGGCUUCUGAAGGUUCCCAGGAAGCGCAGAAGCCGCCAAAGAAGAAAGGAGCGUCAAAGAAGGCCAGGCUGAUCAUUCGCAACCUGAGUUUCAAGUGCACAGAAGAAGACCUGAAGGGUGUCUUUUCUCCAUUUGGGACUGUGCUGGAAGUCACCCUCCCCAGGAAACCAGAUGGAAAGAUGCGUGGCUUUGCCUUUGUGCAGUUCAAAAAUAUCCUGGAAGCAGGGAAGGCCCUGAAGGGGAUGAACAUGAAGGAGAUCAAGGAGCGUCCGGUGGCCGUAGACUGGGCUGUGGCCCGAGAGAAGUACCAGGCCAUGCAAGCGGCAGCCUCUCCAGCCGGUAAGUACCAUCUGCUUCUGUACUUUGAGAAACCAGUCCCACCAGCGGAGAGCGAGGAGGAGGAAGAAGAGGAAGAAGAGGAGGAAGUGCCCCACAAGGCCAAGCACUCUGAGGAAUCGGAGCCUGAGAGCUUUGGGGAAGGAGGACGACCUCCGGAUCGAGAUGCAGAAGCCCCUUCAAAGCCCAAGAAGGGCCGGAAGAAGCUCCCUUCGGACGUCAACGAAGGGAAGACAGUCUUCAUCAGGAACCUCUCCUUCGACACAGAAGAGGAGGAGCUGGGGGAGCUGCUGGAGCCCUUUGGGGACCUCAAGUACGUGCGGAUCGUGAUGCACCCCGACACCGAGCACUCCAAAGGUUGUGCCUUUGCCCAGUUCCUGACCCAGGAAGGCGCCCAGAAAUGCCUCCAAAAGGCCCAGGACGAGAGCGAGGGCGGGGGUCUGCUCCUGGGGGGCCGCCGCCUGAGGGUGGACCUGGCCGUCAGCCGAGAGGAAGCCCAGCAGCUGCGCAGCAAGAAGGAGAAGAAGCCCACCGGCACCAGGAACCUCUACCUGGCCAGAGAAGGCCUGAUCCGUGCUGGAACCAAAGCCGCCGAGGGACUGAGCGAAGCCGACUUGGCCAAGCGGGCGCGGUUUGAGGAGUUGAAGCGGCAGAAGCUGAAGGACCAGAACAUCUUUGUGUCCCAGACGAGGCUCUGCGUCCACAACCUGCCCAAGAGCGUCGACGACAGGCGCCUCCGGGCACUCAUGCUGCAGGCAGCGGGCGGCAAGGGACGCAGCAGCGGUGCCGGCGUCCGGAUCAAGGAGUGCCGGGUGAUGCGGGACCGGAAGGGCCAGGGCCAGUCGCUGGGCUACGCCUUUGUGGAGUUCCAGGAGCACGACCAGGCGCUGGCCGCCCUGCGCCACACCAACAACAACCCCCAGCUCUUUGGGGACCAGAAGCGCCCCAUUGUGGAGUUCUCCCUGGAGGAUCGCCGGAAGCUGAGGCUGAAGGAGCAGCGAGCACAACGCAGCCUGCAAAAGCUGAGGCAGAAGGAAGCCGCUCGGGGCCCCAUUGGGGCUCCUGAACCAGCGCCCACAAACAGCACGACUCCGGGGCCAAAGAAGUGGAAAAGGAAGCAGAAAGGAGCAGAACGGGCUCCUCAGGGCCCCAAGGGACCCCCUUUUGUCGCCACGGAGCAGAGGGGCCCAGCCACAAAGAGGCCCAGGGAGGAGACCUCUGUGGGGAAGCCCCCUCCUGCAAAAGGAGGCCCCGCCACGCCGUGGUCCGGGUUCCAGACAAGCGGAAUGGUGGAGCAGGUGGAGCUGCCGGACGGCAAGAAGCGGCGCAAGGUCCUGGCCCUGCCCUCCCACCGGGGCCCCAAAAUCAGGCAGCGCGAUAAGGGCAAAGUGAAGCUGCCCCCAGCAAAGAAGGUGACCGUCCCCACCCGGCCGCAGAGGCCGAGGGCGUCCCAGGAGGAGCCCAAACAGAUGCCCAAGAAGAAGCAGCGCCGGGCGAGAGGCAGCCAGGCCGAGGCCCGUUUUGAGCAGCUGGUGGAGCAGUACAAGCGCCGCAUCCUGGGCAGCGGACGGAGCGGUCUGCCGGCCAAGCGGGGCAAGUGGUUCGAGAGCUGAGCUGCCUUGGAAGAGAGGGAGGGAGGAAGGAAGGAAGGUGCCCAAAGAGAGGCCAAAGACCCUCCUUUCGUCCUCCUCCUCCUCCUCCUCCUCCGGACACUUGGACUAAUGGCAGGACUUGGGGGGAUCUGCAACCCAGAGCAGCUUCCUGGAAACCAGGGUGGCCUCUUGAUCCGCAACCUUCUCUCUGGAGGUCUUUGUGAUGGGCAGAGAAGCCAAGAGGGGCCUUGGGCCCAAAGAGAGAGGCCUCUUCCUCCGACUGGGACCUUGGCAGGGCGAGAGAUGCCCAGUCGACCCCUCCUUGGCACCAAGACUCCAAGUUCCUUGUGGACAAGGUCUCCAUCCUGGGCUUGGAUGGAGAAUGUCUGAGUCCCAUGCAGAGCAAAUGUCUCUCAGGGGCCGCUAAAGAGAUAUAAAUAUAUAUAUUUUUCACCAAUAAAGACUUCCAGAGGGUCUUUUUCCAGA